AAUUACUCUCUUCACUUGCAUAGACCUAAUUCACCCAUCUCACCCUCUCAGAAUCUAUCAUCAAACAGCAGUUAUCUUCCAGAGAAAAAGAAGCCAUCAACGUAAUGACACUUCUAGCUUUCACAUCUGGGACCUGAACUAACCUCAUUGUGACUUCUUCUUCUACUAAGCUCAAUCAAAGGAAAGCAUAUAUAUAUAUAUGAAUCCCAACUCCUUCUGCUGCUAAGUUUAUGGCUCAACAGGAUGAAGGGUGGCCUCUGGGUUUGCAGCCCUUGAAUGUGAGAGUUGGGUUACCUAGAAAUGGUGAAUUUUCUGGAUCAGUAUCUUUUAACACUUUACUCACUGGUUCUCCAACUUCAUCAACAGAUUCUUCAUCGGAUUUAGACACAGAGUCAACGGGAUCUUUCUUCCAUGACAGAAGCAUUACACUCGGGAGCCUUAUCGGCGUCUCUAACAUAUUGGAGCUCUCCAGGAAAUCAUCAAGAGUUAGGAAAGUAGAAGUAUUAAAAGACAAGAAGAGCAAUAAAAAACCCAAAACAUGGAUUUUCUCUUUAUGUUCAAGAGACUCAACUGAUGCUCAAAUUGUGAACAAUCCUCCUUCUCUUGCCCACUUUCUUGCUGUGGAGAGAAGAGCAGCUAAUGAAUGUAGAAGGAAUCAAAGCCCUAAUAUUUUUGAACCUGAUGAACUUUCCCUAGUUCAGCCAUUCACAGAACCUAAUUCACUCUUUGUUAAUGGCAGAGUUGCUCCUCCUAGAGUUAGUUCUCAUGAGACUGAUACUGAAAACAGAAGAAAUGGAGGAUUAGAGCAUGGUAAUAAUGGACAUGGAAUUCCUGUCCUAUUUUCUUGCAUGUGUGGACAAAGCUCUUAGGAACUAGGCUUGUCCAAACUUUUGUUUCUUUUAUUAAUGAUUUAAUUUCAUGUCCUUGAUAGUGAACUGAA